GUUACUGAAAUGAUUGAGCGUCCCCUGUUUUUGCAUUUUACUCACGACAACCUUCCGAAAAGAUAAGGACCCAGGUAUGAGAUACCAGAGCACAUCGUACCAUGUUUUGAUCAUUUUCGUUGCCUCAAGUAGCGGCAGGUAUGAUCCCGCAGCCCAUGGGGACUACAUGCAUGUAAGGAUGGCGAAUGAAUUUCACCUUUCACAAUUUGGAGUGCUCAAUUUAAACACCUCAGCUCUAAACUUAAGUCAGGGUGGGAGAUCUACGGGGGUAUACCGUCUUAAAACGUAGCCUUUUGCUGCCUUCGGCUGAAGGGGGGCCAACUUCCGUGUUUCUAGAGGGAGAUUCCCGCUCUGCGAUGGGCGUGAGAUGUCGAAGGGGAUUACCCCACAUUAAAAUGAAGAACGUUGUGUGAGGUUGUUUGUUGUGAGUAAAUAUUUUUUUGAAACACGCCGAGUGAUUUAACUGCGUGCCUGAUAUUAUUGUGAAAACGGAGGUGUUGGUUUAACAAGUUAGCCAUUUCCAUUUUGUGCUAGUGUCUUUUGGUUUGGAGUGGGGCACUCUGUCUUCGGGUUAUUAAAGACAACACCCUCUCGUAUUUGUAUUGACUAGUUUAUUGACGUGACGUUUUUUAAGUCACGUAUUAAUGUAGUAAUUAACCUGACAAUUAAUUAAACAGCCGUCCUGUUAACCAUCCACAGAAAACAUCAAUGAGUCAAGAUCUCUGGACCCUUGUGAGACUGUGCGACCUACGCAAAAUACACGAUACGUAGUCUUAAAUUGCGUCGGAACGCAUAUGAAAAAAGGUGGACUUAAAACAAUUCAUAUUCAUACGUUUAUGCCUGAUCUCUGAUUCGUCGUUCGCUUUGUAAGAGGGCAGGUCUUGGGCGGAGAUAAUGGGGAAUUCCCGAGCGUCUGAAGCUGCGAAUACCCUUUAUAAUGUUAACAUUACUGAAGUUUGGUCAUUUAAGCAAGGGCUGGUACACGAACAAUAGCAGUGAUCUGGAUCUCCGUUCACAAUGGAUGUCCAUUUGCUGCCAUUACAUGGAGACCCACACAUGGUGGUUGAGCCAAGCGCGCAGCUUUUUGAGCAGCCCAGACAGAGAGGUAUGCGCUUCAGGUACAAAUGUGAAGGGCGGUCUGCUGGCAGCAUCCCAGGAGACAAGAGCUCUGACAACAACAGGACCUACCCCAGCAUCCAGAUCCUCAACCACUGUGGAAAGGGCAAGGUGCGCGUGUCACUGGUGACCAAGAACGAGCCCUACAGGCCACACCCACACGACCUCGUGGGCAAGGACUGCAGGGACGGCUACUAUGAGGUGGAGUUCGGGCCGGAGCGCAGGGUCAUCGCUUUUCAGAACCUGGGCAUCCAGUGUGUCCGGCGGCGGGAGGUGAAAGAAGCCAUCGUCCAGCGCAUCACUCGCGGCAUCAACCCCUUCAAUGUUCCGCAGGAGCAGCUUUUGCAAACAGAAGAGUAUGACCUGAACGUGGUGCGUCUGUGUUUCCAAGUGUACUUGCAGGACGAGAGCGGCCAAUUCACCAUUGCCCUGAAUCCCAUCGUCUCCAACCCCAUCUACGACAACAGAGCCCCUAACACAGCCGAGCUGCGCAUCUGUCGCGUCAACAAGAACAGCGGCAGCGUCAAAGGCGGCGAUGAGAUCUUCCUGCUCUGUGAUAAAGUCCAGAAAGAUGACAUUGAGGUGCGCUUCUUCUGUCAGAACUGGGAGGCCAAGGGUAGCUUCUCGCAGGCGGACGUGCACCGGCAGGUGGCCAUCGUGUUCCGCACGCCGCCCUACUGCAACACGUCCAUCCUCUCACCGGUGACCGUACGCAUGCAGCUGCGUCGCCCCACCGACCAGGAGGUCAGCGAAGCCAUGGAGUUCCGUUACCUGCCCGACGACAAAGAUCCUUACGGCUACCAGGAGAAAAAGAGGAGGAGGAGCGACCUGAUGAAGUCAUUUUCCACUUUCCCGAGUGGAAUGAACCCAAUGAAUCGACCUAAGGCAGUUCCACAGACGACUAUGAUGUCCCAGUUAAUCAAAAAGGAACCUCCGAACGCAUACACCAACCAGGUCAACAGUGGUCAGCUGAGGCCAAAUCAAGGCCACAUGUACUACCAACCUGCAACUCAUCGGCCCAUGAUGCAAGGUCACCCCCAGCCUCGACCCCCUUCCACCAUGUCGGUCAACCCUGUCUGGCCCGUUAACCCAAACCUUAGCCUUGAAAGCCUUCGCAUGAACCCCUCUGCCUCCAACGCUAUUGUUAGCCAGAGUAAUGGGGCUUGCAUGCAGCAGCUUCACUCCGGCGCAGCCUACUCUGGUGCGGGCGAAAGCACCACCAACAACAACAACAGCCUCCCUCAGCUCAGCUCGGGCGACUUGGCUUGCCUGGACCCUGAGCCCCAGGGCGCUGCUGCUAUGGGGGGCCAGAUCCAACAAGAGAACCAGGUUCACUUCAGCAGGAAAUCCACGACCUCCAACUCGACGAUGAUGCAGCAGGCCCCCUGGGGACACGCUACACAGCCUUGCCCAACCCCUAAUAACGGGCCAAUGGGCUAUUCUUCCUUCUUGGAGAACCUCUGCGAAGACCUCUUCCCGACCCUAAAUGGGCCUCAGCAAAGCACUGCCCUACCAAAGCAGGAGCAGCAGCCAGGGGUCAUGAUGGUUCAGGCCCCCUCCGCCUCUGCCACCGCCGAUUGCCAGCAGUCCUACACCACCCUGCACUCGUGCUCCAACAGCAAUGCUCAAGACGCCGCGAUGAGGCAAAUGAGUAAAGCUGCCAAUGUCCAAAGCACCAUAGACACAGACACCUUGGAGUGGACCAGGUACUACACAGGCCAGUAGAUUCCUCCCAGCCCCAAUGAUAGUCCCAGGGAAGAAUAGAGCGUCUUUUUAAGGUUUAAGGUGGCUGUUUUGAAGCCAUCUUGCUCGAUGGAGAAUGUAGUUAUUUCAUAAAGAAAGGUAAACGGUAUGUGUAUAGGUAGUACAAUGUUGUUCUUUUGGCUGAAUGAAUCUUACCUGGUUGCCCCGUAGGAUGAAUGUACAGUAGGAGAUGUUUUGGUGUUCACUGAGCUACUUGUCCACGCUCUCUUAAGGGGUUAACUGCAGUUUGGUGUAAAUAGAACAUGAAAGCCAUUGUUGUGAACUCUGUUGAGAAAUGAAACAUUGCAAAACUGUCAAGAGUGGCAAGAUAAUUUUGUUCCAACUGGAAAUUUUAAAGUAAUGACUAUGUCAUAACAAAACACGUUAUCCAGAGUUCUCAAAGCGACACAAAAGUGCUUCGAAAUGAUAUAUAUACUAUAAAUGGCUCAGACUUUGAUCUCAAGUCAAAUUGUAAAGAUGAUGAGUGUGAACAGUGACACUGUCUGUCAGCUUUUUCAUGUUACCUUCAUGUUUUAUGGCACUGGCUUGUGACUAUUCUUCUAUGUCUUUCCAUGCAGGAUUAUUGUAACUGGAAUAUUUUUUUUAAAGUUUUUCUUAAUAAAAAAAGAUUUUUAAUUAAA